CACGUUAUUCUUUUGAAAGAAUCGUCGGGUAAAAAAAUGAGGGGGCAAAUCAUGCUGUUUGGUGAUUCCAUAACUGAACAAUCCUUCCGGCCAGGUGGUUGGGGAGCUGCUCUUGCCAACGCCUAUUGUCGCCAGGCGGAUGUAGUCCUUCGUGGUUAUGCGGGUUACAACACUAAGUGGGCUUUGUUCUUGCUCAAUCACAUCUUCCCGCUGGACUCAUCUAAAGCUCGAAUUGCUACCACAAUUUUCUUUGGUGCUAAUGAUGCAGCCUUGUCAGGAAGAACCAAUGAAAGGUUCCAUGUACCCAUUGAAGACUACAAACAAAAUCUCAGAAAAAUUGUUCUGCACUUAAAGGAAUGUUCUCCAACCAUGCUUAUUGUGCUCAUUACUCCACCUCCAUUUUAUGGGGAACGGCGCCAUGAAUAUCUAAAAUCUUUACUUGGUGAGAAUGCACCGAAGUUGUCAGAAAGAACAAACGAAGUUACUGGUCAAUAUGCAAGGGCUUGUAUUGAGACAGCCAAGGAAAUGGGCGUGAUGUCUGUUGAUCUAUGGUCCAAGAUGCAAGAAACAGAUGACUGGCAAAACAAAUUUUUGAUUGAUGGGUUGCACCUGACAAUGGAAGGGAACGCUAUAGUGUACCAAGAAGUGAUAAAGGUUUUCAAUGAAGCAGGGCUUUCUGCUGAUAACAUGCCAUUCGACUUCCCUAAUCACUCCGACAUUGAUGCCAAGAAUCCUGAGGAAGCUUUUCAGCAAAAAUGCUUUUUGAUGUCACAUUGUGGUUUUGUUAGGGAUCUUUGAGACAAGUCUAUUCUAUUUGGUGACUUAUGAUUUUUCUCCUCAACGAUGUCAUAAUCUCUAAGCUUAAAUAAAACUGCGUUGAGUCAAUGAGUAAAUUAGUUGGAUCAAAGACCGGACCUUUAAGAAGCAAGCUCUGAGAUUUCAUGUUA